AUGGGAAGGGACAUGGCUGUUUUCCGGCUGUCGUUGCUGCUGCAAGUGGGAUUUGUGAUCGGAUCGAACCACAAAUGGUCAGAAAUCGGUGCACGGGAGGAGAUCAGCGGCGCUCAGACGCACCACCGUCGGCAGCUGGCGCAUCUCCGUGCGCCUCAUCCACCUCCUCCUCCCGGGGAGACGGCGGCGGCGGUGUCGGAGCUGCCGCAGAAAAUCGAGGAGCUUCUCCCACGGGUGGUCACGGCUUUCCUGCACACGGGGGACUCGAGCACCUUAAAGCACGCCAACUGCUCGCGGAAGUACGAGCUCACCUCUCUGCGGGGAAGGUCACACGCAGCCCCGCAUCGCUCCAUGGGCAGCGUGCUGGAUACGGUGCUGCACGCCACAAACUUCCUCAACAUGAUCCUGCAAGCCAACAGGUCCAGGGAGCAGAGCCUGAGGCGAGACAUGGAGUGGUACCAUGCCUUGGUCAGGAGCAUCCUGGAGGGAGACGCCAAGAUCCACCGGGCGGUCGUGACUUUUAGCGGGGAUGCGUCCUUCGCGGGGCCCUGGGUGCUUCUCCAAGCCACCAGAGCCGGCGGGGAGAUCGUCCUCCAGGAUCUGUCAAGCGUGGCCCGCCACCAUCUGCACAACCGCACCGCAGACACGGAGUGGUACCACGAGAUGAAAGACAAGAAGAGCCCCAGCUUCCAUAAGAGGGUGCUGAGCCAAGACCUCAAAUCGGUGGACAAUUCCCUGAGAAGAGGGGAGAGUUUUAUCCCGGACAAGACGCAUGUGAAGUGGUCUGCACCCUACCUGGAGUGUGAGAAUGGGAAUUUUGUCCCACGUUGGCUUUUGACCCUUUCGGCUGCCUUCUAUGGCCUCAAGUCCAACCUGGCUCCUGAAUUCAGGGGCGUGGUGCGAGUGGACAUUAAUCUGCAGGAUGUUGAUAUCGACCAGUGCUCCAGUGACGGCUGGUUUGCUGGAACCCAUCGAUGCAACCUGACCACUAUGGAGUGUUUGCCGAUCCGUGGUCAUGGGUUCGUCUUAGACAAGUACAAGUGCCACUGCAAGAAGGGAUUCUUCCACCCCAACAGAGUGGCUGUCAAUGGAUUUACACGGAUGGGGAGGAAGGGAAAAGCUGCAGACAGCGGCCCCAAUGCAGACGAAGGUUCUUCCAGCGACUGCCUGCCCUGCCAGCAGGGCUGCGCUUACUGCAAAGACGACACUCCAUGUGUGGCGAGGGAAGACGGAGCUCUGCGAAUGGCCGUCCUCUCCUUCCAGUGCCUCUGCAUCCUCAUCGUCUUCAUCAGCAUGGUGCUCAUAUACCACUUUCGCAGGAAUAAGAGCAUCAGAGCAUCAGGUCUCGUCCUGCUGGAGGCCAUCCUGUGUGGAGCUCUGCUUCUCUACUUUCCGGUUGGGAUUCUGUACUUCCAGCCGAGCGUUUUCCGCUGCAUCCUGCUGCGUUGGGUUCGACUGCUGGGUUUUGCCACCGUCUACGGGACGCUGACUCUUAAGUUGUACAGGGUGCUGAAGGUGUUCCUGUCCCGUACGGCCCAGAGGAUCCCCUACAUGACCAGCUGGCGAGUGUUGCGGCUGCUGGGCAUCAUCCUGCUCAUCGUGUGCUGGUUCCUGGUGGCUUGGACAUCCGCCGUCUGUCAGAACCCGGACCGCAAGUCGGCUCUAAUCGACGUGGGCUACACCCCCGACGCUCUGCAGUUCAGCAUGUGCCUGCUGGAUCGCUGGGACUACAUGAUGGCCGUCGCUGAGUUCCUCUUCCUGCUGUGGGCAGUGUACCUGUGCUACGCCGUGAGGACGGUGCCGUCGGCCUUCCACGAGCCUCGCUACAUGGCCAUCGCUGUUCACAACGAGCUCGUUCUGUCGGCUAUAUUCUACGUCAUCAGGUUCACUCUCGCCCCUGAGCUUCAUCCAGACUGGAUGCUGCUGCUGUUCUUCACCCACACUCACCUGACUGUAACAGUUACAUUGGGUCUACUACUUAUUCCCAAGUUCCUGUUUGCUGGCACCCAUAUGAGAGAUGAUAUUGCCUCUGAGGCGUACGAGGAUGAGCUGGACAUGGGUCGUUCUGGGUCUUACCUCAACAGCAGCAUAACAUCGGCAUGGAGCGAGCACAGCCUGGACCCUGAGGACAUUCGGACACCAGACGAAAUGGGCCAUCUCAGUUCUAUUAAUGGCUGUGGCGUAAGAUCUUGCGACAGUCUUUGGGAAAAACGUACCAACGAAGAGCUAAAGAAACUGUACUCCCAGUUGGAGAUUUACAAGAGGAAGAAGAUGCUGGCAAACAACCCUCAUCUGCAGAAAAAGCGUAGCUCUAAGAAGGGACUGGGUCGUUCCCUGAUGAGGCGCAUCACCGAGAUUCCCGAAUCCGUGCAUCGCCAGUGCAGCCGGGAAGACAAGGAGGCAGGGGAGCAUGGCAGCAAUCGUAACAGCAUCUGCAUGUUGAAGAAGAACCCUUUAGAUCAGACUCACGCCACCAAACCAGCUAAGGAGGAGACACUGAAGAACAAGGUUUUCUCCCUGAAGAAGUCCCACAGUAGCUAUGACCAUGUCCGAGACCAGAGUGAAGACUCCAACAGCUCAAUGACAGACAAGAUGGAGGUGACCCCAGCUGAAGGAUCUCUUCUGGAUACACUAAUGGGCAAGAAGCUGGUCAAGAAGAAGUCCAGUGAGAAUAUAAAUGCCGCCAGUGAAUCAACAGAAUCAGUUCCUUUGGUCUGCAAGUCAGCCAGCGCCCAUAACCUCACUGCAGACAAGAAACCAAUUCAUCCCAGAGCCUCCAUGCUGCAGAAGUCCCUCAGUGUCAUCGCCAGUGCCAAAGAGAAGACUUUGGGCUUGACUGGAAAGACCCAGAGCACGGAGGACAGCAAUAAGAAGAGUCAGCCAAAGAGCAAAGACACAAGGCCAAAUGUGGAACCAGAGAACGAGACUCAACCCAAGAUGAUUAUCAGUCAGUCGGUUGAGUACAAACAAAGCACCGCAAAAGGCAGGAUCAUUAAACAGCCAGUAAGUGGCAGCCAGCCCACAAUCUGCUCCGAUCCAAUCAAGGGAAAGGACCUGUAUGACCUCUCAGAAGUGUGCCCCUGGGAAGUGGAAGAUCUCCCAACUCCGUCUGAAAACAAGGUGCAAAAGCAUGUGUCUAUAGCACCAAAGGAAACCACGACAGUUCACGGAGGGAGCACCAAAGGAGGCAAAUCCCAGCAGCAGAAGCAGAAGGCUGCAGAUCAAUCUCCAUCAGGUGGCAGGCACUCCAAAGAGAUUCAGAGGACAACAGCUGUUCGAGCAGAGGUAUGUCCAUGGGAGAAGGGAGGUGACAGUCAAGCCAGUCAAGUGGAAGGGUCAAAGCAACCAUUAUCCAGUCAUUCGAAGGCCCAACAGCCUCAUCCUGCAGUAGAAAGCUCCAAAACACAUCAAGCAGAUGUUUGUCCAUGGGAAUUUGAAGAGCCACAAAAGACAACAGAGUUAGCUCGCUCAGCCGAUAUGACAAAGCAGAAAAAGGGCACCUCUCCAGUGGAAGCAAGAGGGAGAAGCGCCCUUUCAGAUCCACCCAAAGCGGGAGCAUCACUUCAGCUACCAACAUCAAAAGCUGACGUCUGUCCCUGGGACUUCGACAGCACUGCAGUAUCCCCAACUUCUGAGAGGACGCCGAGUCCCUCGCAAGCAUCCAAAACCAAGGAAUCCCCUUCAAAAAAGAAAGGCACCCCUGCCACAAGAACAGUUGAGAAGGAGAAAUCAAAAGACACUGACGAUGAGAAAAGUAGAACAAAAGCUAAGGACAAGAGUAAAUCUUCAGAGAAACACGUGAGCCAACAAAAAAUGGCUGAGGUUUGCCCGUGGGAUGUGGAGAGUCAUCAGGAGGUGCCGCUGGUAGAAAAAAGAAAAAGCGCUAACGUUGGAGCAGCCAAAGCAAAGCCGGCUGAAGUGUGUCCGUGGGAUUAUGAGGAUACGUCAGAUAAAAAAGGUACAGACAAAAGUGCUCCUGUAGUGAAACAGAGCAACCCAAAUUCUAAAGGUGGGGCUGCAAGUGCUGCAAAAAAGGCAGAUGUUUGUCCCUGGGACUUUGAGGAUAGCACAUCAAGCAAGAAGGCAUGACACCCAACCUUAAUGGACCACUGAAAUUAUAGUUAUUGAUGUAUACUUUUUUUCACUUUGAAAUCAUUAAAUAUUACCUUUUACUAUUAGUACGGUGACUUGGAAGCAAAGUUGAUCAAGUUCCACAAGUUGCCUUCCUUUCUGAGGUUUUGUUCCUGUUUUACCUAUUUUGGAAAUAAGUAAAAUGUACAAAAAACCUAAACAAAGUCAUGAUGAGCAUUCCAGAUUAUUACAGGAAAAUCCUGAAGAUAAAUCGUUUUCUACUUAUGCAACUUUUAAUUCAGCCUUUUCACUCCAUUAGCAAUGCUGAACAUCUGCGUUCAUCACGUCAACAGUUCUUACUUUUUGUUUUGCUUCGUCAGUUCUUGGACCAGGAUACGACAUGAGAGUCGAGAUGUAGAGAAAAAUAAUGUUUGUGAAGACGAAGGAUGACAUUAAGGUUGAAGUACAAAACAGUAAAAGUGAAAGCCAAAGAAUAAGAGAACAUUUGCAAAGAAGGAUGUUAGUCUUGAAGCUGUAAAGUUAAUUUAUUAGUUUGUGUCUUUGGCACCGAGGGAUGAAAAUCAGUCUAUAGCACUUUAGCCAACUCCAUAAAUUUACAAGCGAGGACAGAAAAAAUGGACAAGAAGAACUCUGUCUUCUGACUUUGUCCUUCUUGUACAUUCUGUCCUCUUCGUUUCAACCUCAUGGCUUGAUAUCACACCGGAUAUCACGCACUGACCAAACUCAGACCAGUUCUUUGUUUAGAUCUAUUUAAUUGUAGUUCUCUGCAGAUUCAAAUGCUUCCAAGUCUGCAGAGAUGUACUGUAUGUGCCUAACUAACUAGCAUUGUCUUGUAUCAGUCUGAAGGGAAACAAGUGGCUUCUUCUUCAGCAUUUUGUGACGGUGAAAUUAUAUAAACAGCAUGCACAGCCAGGUAUCGAGAGUACCCUGCCGGUUUGUCAACUAAAGCAGGUAAUGUGUUGACAGAUAUAUAAUGUUGUUUUUAGUUUUUGAAUACCAGAGACACUCAUGUUUCCUGCUUUCAUGUGUCCAAAAGCUUAAGGGAUGGUGAAGAUUAUACGAGAGCAGCAUCAUCAUGAAUGUGUGUCAGAAUGGCUCGUGUUGUUAACAUAUAUAUUUUAAAAAAGUAGGGAUGGAAAAUUACAGAGGGAAAUAAUUUGCACCAGCUUUGUUUAUGAAUCCAGCAUGUGUGUGUACAUGUGUGUCUGUGGACACAAUAUCAUCAAUUUAAUAGGAAAAAUGUGACGCAGUAACCUGAAAAUUUACACAUGAUCAAGUCCUGCCUUCCUGUUUACAUCCUACUGCCUCAAUAAAUGCAAAAAACAGUCAAGCAAGUAAGCAACUCUAUUUAACAAUAACCAAUGAAAGAAUUCUGGUUAAUUAAAACCUGGGUUUUAUUUUAUAGUUUUGGAUGUCAGGAUUUAUCACACAGGUUUUAACCUCCAGGUUAGCUCAAGUUUUUUGGAAGCGAAUAGUAGAAUCAUUACCCAAUCUGUCUUUUCUAAGCAUCCAUCACAGUUCAAAAGCUUCUUCCCGUAUCUGUGCAAUUAUCUAUUAUUGUAGCUGAUCUUGAUCUUUAGUCUGAGCUGUAAUUUACUUUCAUUUAAUUUAUUCGGCCUGACAGAAUGCUUGUUGGGAAGAGAGCUUAUAUUUUUCCAUUUUCUGCUGGGGAAACGUUGAUAGAUGCAACGUUUUCCCCAAGAAAUUAGCUAAUUUAAGCGUUGUUGUGUCUUAACCUUGACGUAUAACAACUUGGGCAACUUUGCCAGCCAUUUUUAUACCCAUCACUCUGGCAUUUUUCAUGGAUGUGGCUAUUUUGCUGGCUCUUGGAAGAUCUCUUUGUUAAUCUUAAUUUAUAUUUCUGCAGUGAAUCUAUGCCAUCAUCUGAUGGGCACUGCCCCAAAAAUGUAACCACAUGUUGCAGAGACGCAGAGCCUAUCAAUUGUGAUUGAUCUGCUUGGUAGUAAUAUGCUGUGUUUACAAGGCAUAUUGAUUUGCAAUUGUUAACCCUCCUGUUGUCUUCAUUUACGGGCACCAAAAAGUAUUGUUUCCUUGUCUGAAAAAAAUCAAAAAUUCAGCAAAAAAAUUACCCAAAUUUCAGAAAAUUUGCAAAACCUUCAGGAAGAAAAUUCCAUUAAUUCCUGAAAAGAUUCCCUUAAAAGUUUUAUUUAAAAAAAAAAAAAAACAAUCCCCCAAAUUUGGCAAGAAAAUUCUAAGAAAUAUUUUCAAAAAAUGAGUAAAAAUCUUCCAAAAAAAAAAUCCUAAAAAUAUUUAAAGUGUUUAUAUAUAUACCAGUAAAACUGCUAAUAUUUUCUUUAAGAACAUUCACAAAAAAAUCUACCAAAAUCCAGUGAAAUUUGCUGGAUUUUGGUAGAUUUUUUAAAUGAAUGUUCCUAAGAAACAUUUUUUUUCCACCAAAAAGUUUUCAAAAAUUUCCCAAAAAUCUUGAAAAUGUGGACAUCAGAAGUUUCACUGUAAAAAUCUAUUUUUUUUUCCACAUUUUCAAACUUUAAAACGGGUCAAUUUGACCCACAGGACGACAGGAGGGUUAAAUGAAACAAUAUGUAAUUUGUAGUAGGCUGUAAAUGAAUGCAUAAUGUUCUACUAAACUCAGUUGGUUCCAACAUCAAGUAACUUUUCUUCAGCAUUUAUCGGCUCCACCUCCAGUCUGCUCCAUUGUUUUGUUCACAGUAGCAUAGAAACCCGACUUCUAACUAGCGUUUAUGUGGUGUAAUUGUUCAGCCAUGCAGACACACCAGAACACAAGUAAAAAUGCUGACAGGCCACUGCUUGUUUAGGAUAUAACACAGGCAUUGCAUAUUUUUAACACAGGGGUAUAAAGCGAGAUUUAAGGUGCUUCCACAGCUGGUAUGCUACACUAUACUCAAGUAUGUCAGAACCCAGAAAUAUGCUUAGGUGAGGUGCACAUCAGGUAUUAAAGCUUUCCCCUCAGAGACCUGCACAUACAUGCAGAUCCCCCAUACUUAUAUCAGAUUUCUUGCAUGAAAAAUUAGGUUUGAAAACAGGAAAACGUAUCGGGUGUCCUCCUAAGCAGCAUUAAUGUGAAGUGUUGCUCCAUUGUAAAGUUAGCUGUUAGCUCCUCAUUCCUAAUGUGAAUUGCUUUCUUUACAACCUUAUUUCUAGGUUAUAGCACUUCCAUUGGUGACUACAGUGUAAUCAUAACUGAUAGAAAUAGUGGCCAUAAUGGCCAAAAUUAAACCCAGGCUUAUAAUUAACCAGAUUUAUCAUUUAACAUAUUCAAAUAAUAUAAUUUAACAUGAUAUAACCGAUGGUGUUCUGAAUUAUCAAAGGUUAAACACUGUGUUGCUGCCAUCAGUUUUUCUUUGUGUCUCUGCAUUUAAAGUUCUUCUCCGUUUAAUGCAAAGUAGGCUGAAGCCCAGCUGAUUAAUCAAACAAAUAAUUUCAGAAUCAGGCUGAGCAUUGUGGUUACAAAUUCAUAAUCUGACUAAAUUUAUUGAGGAUAUUCCAGUGUUUCUGUCUAAAUAUUCAACAUGCAUUAUCCAUCCUGGCAUUUAAAAGAAAAAAAUCUCCCUCGUAUAUUUAAGAGUAACUGUUGAAAAACUGACAAUAUUUGAAGUCAUGUGAGGAAAACUAUGUAUCAGUAUAGCAUCUGCAGUGCUUUAUGGUAUCUUGUGAAAAUUCCUGAAUGUCGUCACUGAUUGUAACUAUCUGUAUUCGCUGUCGACGUCCUCAUGACAAAAAUAUCCGAGCUCUGUGGGGGUCUUUACUGAUUGUGAUUAAAAACCAGUGCUUGUCAGUGAGAUCUUGAUUAAACACAACUGCUAGAUUUCUGUUGGCGCAGCUCCACUGAAAACAAUCCAGCGGCAAAUAUUUGUGUCCGAUUUUGUCCACAUCUCUAGAAACAUCUCAUAUUUGCCUUUGUCUGCUGAGAAAUUGCCUCCGCUGCCGACCUGUCCUCUGGAAUCUUUCAGACGUGGGGUGUUUGCCUUUACGGCGUGAGAUUAGUCAUCACCUCUGCUUUAUGAGCUCCUCCAGGAAUGGUGUCUGAGAACAGCUGUCACCGUGCACAGAUUGAUUGUAAUGCUUUGAUGGAUCUAUAUGAUAUUUAUGAACCAGAUGUUAGGCGUCAUCCAUCAUCUGCAUUGUGGUAGCAAACGCAGGAUCCUAUUAAACGGAGGAAUCCUGACCCCUCCUAACGACAGCAGCGACAUUUCAAAACCCCCUUUUUCUUUUUUCUUUUUUUUUUUUUAAAAACUGACUUUAAAGUCACUGCCGUAUCUGAUUUUACUGCCCUGGGUGAUAGAUAACAUGCUGCCUCUUUAUGGUCCCUGUAGGAAAGAUCUUUUAAACGACGAGCUGUGUCUGGUUUCAUGCUAAUUAUUUUGGAGCGCGUAUGAUUUUGAUAAAAAUUCAAUCCAUUUGUUCAAAUAAGAACCAAAACGAGCAAUAUUUUAUGGCAUCUUUGAGCAAAGAAGGUAUUUUUGUGGUGUCAAAACACAUUUUUAUUGAUUUAUAUUUAUUUUAAACUAGAAAUUUAAGAUAAAAUUAAGCAGAAAAAUGCGAUCAGUGCAUUACCCCAGCGUUAAACUAAGGAGUGUGUUACAUUCUUGCAUAACAGUGGAUCUACUCUUAAUUUGCUUAAAUUCAGACUGCGUGCUUGCCGUAGGACUCCUCAGUUCAGUUCAGUCCAUAGCUGUCUGUGUAUUAAAUUGUGCAACACAUAACCAGUGUCUGUUACUGUCUGUUUCUCUGGAGAUUAUCAUUGUAAUUUAACCUUCAUCAUCAGUGAAUCGGUGGAAGUUCCAACCUCAGCCGUUUACUUGGGUGUGCAAAAUCGAGACCAUUGUUCUUGUACCAUCUUGACAUAGACGAUACCGUGUCCUGUAGCUUUUCUUGUCCACCAGUUCGGGUCUUUGCCAUGGUGCGUUCCGUUGGCUAGCUGCUUUCAUUUCAAACCUGACUUCUAUUCUCUCUCUUGUGACCAAACCAAGUCACACGAUGGCAAAUACAAACUACUACUAUUGCUACUACUACUAUUCAAUGCUGUAACGUCGUAAAUCUUGCUCUUGUGGCUUCUGCAUGAAUUCAAGAAAUUAGUAGGACCGAUGUUUCACUGCCCUUGAUAGAACAAAAAAGAAAAAAAAUUGAUCUUUUAUGGACUGUUACAAGUUGUAUAGUGAGUGAUACUGUCCCUAACCCACUGUAUUAUGUGCUUGUUAUAACUAUUGCUCUAUGACAAGCUUAUAGCAUCAAUAUAUGGGAAUAUUUGGUAGAUUUAUAUUGUGUUAUAUUGUGAUAGCAUGUACAUAAAAGAUACCUCCUCUGCAAUAAAUAUUUAUAUGAAAAUGAA